GCCUCCCCUUCUUUUGACUCUCAAUUUCAUCAUCAGCCCCAUUCUCCAAAUCAUUUCUCCACCCUUCUAACCACCUCUGUAAUCUUCACCUCAAGAUUAUUAGUGAAAUUGGAUCAAACUUCUUUUGUUAUCAAUUUAUAUUGGAAACUUUCUUUUUAAGGAUAAUAUUAUGGAUAAUUAGAAAUGAUGAUAAACUAGUUACUAAGCAAAACAAAAGCUUUUUAAAAGUAGUACUCAUCUCAGCUUUUACCAUGCCAACAAACAUAACUCAGGCCACCAAUUUCAGUGCUUGAGGAAUUCCACAUGGAAUGUUAUAUAAACAAGAUUAAAGCUUUACUUUUUCUUUUUUACAUGCAUUAUUCUUGAAAGCUUCUUUGCAUUACAAUUAACAAUUCUUCUUAUAGAUCUCCAGCUUUCUCUUCAAUCUCCAACCCAUCUUUUGCAUACAAACUGGCUAGAUUAAACUUUCAAUACAUCAAAUGGGCUGUGUCCUUGUUUUCAUUUUCAUAGUUCUUGCAAUGGUGGCAUUGAAACCAAUGUCAUGUACUACUGAGGCUCAAGUGAGUAUCAAAUCGGCUCGACUUCUUGAUCUUGUCAUUAGAGAUUACACAUUCCAGUCGUAUAGCAACCAUAUAGGAACAGGUAAGCUGCACAGAAUUCAUCUUCCAACAAACCUCUCAGGCAUUAAUGUUAACACUAUAAGGUUUCGUUGUGGAAGCCUCCGGAGGUAUGGUGCAAAAUUCAAAGAAUUCCACUUAGGUAUUGGUAUUACUGUCUACCCUUGUGCUGAAAGAGUUCUUGUAGUGACACAAAAUCUGGGAUACAACUGGUCAUCUAUAUACUAUGAUAACUAUGAACUAACAGGUUAUCAGCUUAUUUCUCCUGUAUUAGGCCUUCUAGCCUAUAACGCGGGUGAUGAUAUGAAUUUCAGCACUCCGUAUGAGAUUGGAAUCAAAGCCGGAGAAAGACCAAUCAAGAUAGAUUUCAGUAACACUACAUGGCUUGUCAACUCCACUGGAGGAACUAUACCAAUGUGUGCUAACUUCGGACACGAUGGAAAGGUAACAUUAAGCCAUCAAGUCUCUGAUAAUGUUUGUGUUUCGAUGGGGCAUGGUCAUUUUGGAUUAGUUGUUCAAUCUCCCUUAAUGCCAUCGAGAAAGAAGGUGAUUACAAGGUGGAAAGUAGUGAUUGGAACCGCGGUUGGAGCUGCGAUUGGUGCUUCACUCUUGGGAUUGCUUCUGAUUGCCAUGUUUGUGAAGGUGAAGAAGAAGAAAAGAAUGGAAGAAAUGGAAAGAAGGGCUUAUGAAGAGGAAGCACUACAAGUGUCAAUGGUAGGGCAUGUGAGAGCCUUUACUGCAACUCCCACUAGAACAGUUCCUAUAAUAGAGCAUGAAUACAGACCUCCUCCUCCUCCAUAAAAGGUUCAUGUCUACAACUUCUACAUGUUUCUUGUAUAAUUGAACAGAGAUUAUAUAGAUUAAAAGUUAAAACUGAAUAGGAUGUAUAGAUGUGCAAUGCCUUCUUUUUAGGGUGUUUGUUUGUGUAGUUUUAUAUCAAAAAAGUAAUUAGGAAUGAUCUCAAGUCA